GCGAACAUUGUGAACGCAGCCUCAUAAAAUGGCGGAUCGCGGUGAAGUGAGGAGGAUGUUUCAUGUGGCCAAAGAAUCUGCAAGGAUCACAGCUGGAGAAUUGUAGAAAUUUGUUGGGUCUUGGGGUCUAAAAAAAAAAAAAAAAAAAAAUCAGACAUCACCUACAUCACCACAAGUUGUUUGUGAGGGUUUCAAGAAAAAAUAGCCUCUGCACUCAUCCAACAACAAACUCAAGCGUCUUCAGUUUGCCAGACACUACUGGAACUUCAAAUGUGACUGGGUUCUAUGGUCAGAUGAAACAAAAAAAGAACUUUUUGGCAGCAAACACCAGAGAUAGGUUUGGCAUACACAGAGAUGAAGUACCCAAUUCCCACGGUUAAAUGUGGUGCUGCAUCUUGAAUGUUGUGGGGCUGUUUUUCUGCCAGAGUCCUGGACAUCUUGUUCGGAUACAUGGCAUUAUGUACUCUAUCAAAUACCAACAGAUAAAAAAUUAAAACCUGGCUGCCUCUGCCAGGAAGCUUACAAUGGGCCCUGGUUGGAACUUCCAGCAGGACAAUGAUGCAAAACAAACAUCAAAAUCAACACAAAAAUGGUUCACUGACCACAAAAUCAAGCAUCUGCCAUGGCCAUCCCAGUCCCCUGACCUGAACCCCAUAGAAAACUUGUGGGGUGAACUGAAGAGGAGAGUCCACCAACAUAGACCUCUGAAUUUGAAGGAUGCAGAAAGUGAAGAUGAAUUGUAUGAGGUCGUUAACAUCACAGAUUUUGCCAGGAGGCAUCAAUGGUGGAGUCGUGUUUUUGGGAACAAUACAGGACCUAUUGCAGAAAAGUACUCAGUGGCUUCACAGAUCAUGAUGGGUGGGGUGACUGGAUGGUGUGCUGGUUAUCUCUUUCAGAGGGUUGGGAAAAUUGUGGCGACUGCUGUUGGAGGGGGAUUUCUUUUGUUACAAAUUGCCAACCACAGUGGCUAUGUGCAGGUGGACUGGAGGAAAGUGGAAAAGGAUGUCAAUAAAGCUAAAAAGCAUUUGAAGAAAAAGGCAAAUAAAGCAGCGCCUGAGCUUAAUUCCUUUAUAGAAGAGUCUACAGAAUUUGUGAAGAGGAAUAUUGUUAUCUCGGGUGGAUUUGUUGGAGGAUUUCUGCUGGGCUUGGCAUCUUAAAUGAAACCAUGACCUACUGUGUUACCAUUGAUCUAAGUUGAGUAUUACAGCGAUACACGGAAACUUGAUGUACUGUAAAAAGAACUGUGUGACUGUGAAAUGGACAUUUGAUUAUCUAUAGAGCUGUUCAGGUUGUAUACAAAAACCCAGAAGAGAUUUAGCAUUUUCGAGCCAUGGGUUCCCGAGAGAUUUUCCUAUGGGUUUUAAUAAUGUCAGUUUUGGAUUUAAGAGUAAAAUAAGGUCUGUGGUAAACAUUUCUUGAAGAUACUUUAACGUUUGUUCUUCAACAUAAAUGACACACGGUCAAUCUCCAAAUGUGAAUUUUGAACCUGCUGUGUUUUUAAAAAAAGAAUGUUGAUAAUAAGUUGCUAGAAAGGACUACAACAAUUUUCAGUUUCAUAAGACACGUUAACGUACUGUAACUUGUUAGCAACAUUAAUUUUUUUUAAACAUGGCGGCUUCAAAAUUCAUGUUUGGAGUAUGACUGUGUGUAAUUUCUGUUGUAGAACAAAACAACCAAGUAUCUGCAAGUAAUGUUUACCACAGACCUUAUUUUACUCAUAAAUUGAAAAACCCAAAGAAAUAUAAAAAAAUAAACCCAUGUCCAAUUAGCCUUCUAGGUUUGUAUACAGAUUGGCAUUAUGGCUGAACAGCUCUACUGUAUUGUUGAACAUAUUUCCCUAAAAAGUUGUUCUUCACUGUACAUAGUGCAAACAUCUGGACGGAGAGAAAAUAUCUUGUGCCAAUAACUUGUUUAAAGAAAACUGUAGGCAUGCGACAGUGUAAUUUUUAUUCUUAUUCUUAUUAUUUGUUCAUGUUCAGCAUUUUGCUCAUUGUCUAUCAGUAAGAGGUCAUUGUGAAGCUAGCUCACAUAUACAACUGCCUAAUUUUGUUUCCUUUGAACUAGUUAAUUGUUCUGUCUUUUUCUUAUUGAUGUAUUCAUGAAUAUACAAUAACAUGUUUGUGGAAAUAAUAAAACAGUCUGUUUUUGAUUA